UCUGCAGGUUAGUUAUGAUGGAGAACUUCACAAGCAUCCACAGCUGGAAGCCGACUUGGCUGCUGUAAGAGAGAUCUAUGGGCCGAGUGCAGUAUCUCUCAGGGAAUAUGGAGCCAUUGAUGAUGUAGAUAUUGAUCUGCAUAUUGAUGUUAGCUUUCUUGAUGAAGAGAUUGCAGUGGCAUGGGAUGUAAUCCGCACAGAGCCUAUAAUUGUGAGAUUGCACUGUUCGCUCACACAGUAUUUAAAUGGCCCAGUGCCCACUGUUGACGUGUUUCAGAUCUCUACUAAGGAAAGAUUCGGACUGGGGCAUCAGCUAAAGAAGAUCAUGCAAACAUUUGUGACGCGGCAAUGGAAAAAUGGCAAAGAAAAAUCAACCAGUACGCACAACAAAAAAAUCUCUGAAAAAAAAGUGAAAUCUCCUCUGCACAUCUUUUCUACACUGCGCAGGUCGCCGAGUUAUCCUCCACCAGGCUAUGGGAAAAAUAAAUCAAAACUGAAACCUGAACAAGAUGGCAUUUCAAAAACUCACAAGUUGUUGAAAAGGACUUGUUCUAGCACAGUUAAAGCUGAGGACAUGUGUGUCACAAAGUCUCACAGGACCUUUGGUCGCUCAUUGAGUAGCGACCCCCGAGCUGAACACACAAUGACCAUCAAAUCGCACAAACUGUUGAACCAUUCUUGCUCAGCGGCCAUCAAGCAGGACGAGUGCAUCACCUUAAAGCCCCACAAAUUGCUGAGUAGACCAGGUCCUGGGGAUACUCGGUGUGAGCACAACAGUACUUUGAAGCCCCACAAACUUUUAAGCAGAUCUUAUUCUAGUAACCUUAGGAUGGAUGAAUUGGAUGGACUGAAGAACCACAAAUUACUCAGCAAGUCUUACUCCAGUGCCCCCAAGUCAUCUAAAACGGAGCUUUUCAAAGAACCCACCAUAGCAGAGGGCAGGAGACUCUCUCUUACCUCAGGGCUUAUUGGUAUCUUAACACCAUCUUCAUCUUCACCAUCCCAAUCCACUCCAAAUUAUGGUGCAAAAUCCAUUCCAGUAAGGGACCAUGGCUUUCUUGUGCAGACAAUUGAGUUUGCUGAGCAGCGGAUCCCUGUACUGAAUGAAUACUGUGUGGUUUGUGAUGAACCGCAUGUGUUUCAGAAUGGGCCAAUGUUGCGGCCUACUGUGUGUGAGCGGGAGCUGUGUGUGUUUGCUUUCCAAACUCUAGGAGUGAUGAACGAAGCUGCGGAUGAAAUUGCAACAGGGGCUCAGGUUGUAGACUUGCUGGUGUCCAUGUGUCGCUCUGCAUUAGAUUCACCUAGGAAAGUUGUCAUUUUUGAGCCAUAUCCUUCUGUCGUUGAUCCAAAUGACUCUCAGAUGCUGGCUUUUAAUCCCAGGAAGAAGAAUUAUGACCGAGUCAUGAAAGCACUGGACAGUAUUACUUCUAUAAGAGAAAUGACACAGGCACCUUAUUUAGAAAUAAAAAAGCAGAUGGACAAACAAGAUCCCCUUGCUCAUCCUCUUCUACAAUGGGUUAUUUCAAGUAAUAGAUCACAUAUUGUGAAGCUACCUGUGAACAGGCAACUGAAGUUUAUGCACACUCCCCAUCAGUUCCUUCUGCUCAGCAGUCCACCAGCCAAAGAAUCCAAUUUCAGAGCUGCGAAGAAUCUCUAUGGGAGUACCUUUGCGUUUCAUGGGUCUCACAUUGAAAACUGGCACUCCAUCCUGAGGAAUGGCUUAGUGGUGGCUUCCAAUACAAGGCUGCAGCUCCACGGUGCAAUGUUUGGAAGUGGGAUCUACCUUAGUCCAUUGUCAAGCAUAUCUUUUGGUUACUCAGGGAUGAACAAAAAACAGCAGAAGGUGUCAGCUAAGGAUGAGCCUGCUUCAGGCAGUAAAAACAGCGGCGUGUUACAGACCCAGAAAAAAGGACAGCAGUCUCAGUUUUUGCAAAGCCGAAACUUAAAAUGUAUAGCCUUAUGUGAAGUGAUAACUUCACCUGAUCUGCAGAAACAUGGGGAGAUAUGGGUAGUUCCAAACACUGAUCAUGUGUGUACAAGAUUCUUCUUUGUCUAUGAAGAUGGCCAAGUAGGUGAUACCAGUAUAAACACUCAAGAGCCAAGCAUUCAUAAAGAGAUCCUCCGGGUCAUUGGUAAUCAAACCGCUACUGGUUAAAAGGACCGCUUUAACACCUUGAUGUGAUUUGGAAGCCUUCCUCAGUCUCAAAGCUGGAUUUUGAACUGAAGAAGACGCAGUGGGGGAGAAAACUAAUUUAUUGUUAUUCUGAACAAGUUAGCCCUUUGAAUACUUUUUUCUUACUUAGCAUUUCUUAUUCCGUCAAAAUACCUGAAAGGAACGCAAGCAAAACGACUGGAGGGGUUCAGAGUUUAUUGGUAUGAUACAGCUGAGACUUAAACAGACAUUUGGGUUGUUCAAAAUAAACAGAAUUUGAAAAGAA